AUGGCUCUAGAUGAAUGCCCACUGAGGUCAGAACCGACGCUUUCAUUCACACAGGGACUCGUCGUCGGGCAGCUGUCUGUAGUUCUGAUACUGGCUGCAUUUAUUAAAUUCUUCAUAUUCGGCGAUCCACCUUCAUCUGAUGUAUCGGCGUCACUACGUGCCACUGAACGGCGAUCCAGAACGCUCGCUCACAAACAAUCCCUUCUCAGUUUGCGCAGUCCUAGCCAAAGGCAGAGCCAACAUUUGAAGCGCAAGAAAUCCAGCGUACUACGGAACCCACCAGCGCUUACCAUAGGAUCUAUACUGAGCAAAACUUACUACAACGUCGACAGCCACCAGCCAGAAAGUCUCGAUUGGUUCAAUGUACUCAUUGCCCAGACAAUCGCUCAAUUUCGAAGCGACGCACAGCACGAUGACGCUAUUCUCAAUUCACUAACCAAAGCAUUAAACGGCGCGUCUCGGCCUGACCUCAUAGAUGACAUUCGUGUCACUGAAUUGAGUUUGGGCGAGGAUUUUCCCAUUUUCAGCAACUGUCGGAUUAUUCCCAUAGAUGAAGACGGCCUUACUUUAGGGAAUGGCAUCAAAUUUGACGCUACAGCUGCUGCACGAGACGGAACGAGACUUCAAGCUCGCAUGGACGUUGAUCUGAGUGACAUGCUUACUCUUGCUGUCGAAACGAAACUUCUUCUCAACUACCCCAAGAAGUUAUCUGCUGUCCUCCCUGUUGCGCUAGCCGUCUCCGUUGUUCGAUUUAGCGGGACUCUAUCCAUUUCUUUUAUUCCUAGCAAUCCGUCACAAUCGACACCGACAAUGAUGACCUUUAGUUUUCUAGAUGACUACCGAUUGGAUUUUUCCAUCCGCAGCUUGCUUGGAAGCAGGUCGAGAUUACAAGAUGUACCUAAGAUUGCCCAGCUAGUCGAAGCUCGGUUGCACAGGUGGUUUGAUGAGCGUGCAGUGGAACCCCGCUUCCAAGAGAUAGCGCUCCCAAGCAUGUGGCCAAGGAAAAAGAACACUCGAGGACCUGACGAUGCAGUUGUGGACGGAGGCUUGUCGGUCGGUCGGUCUAAAGGGAAAGAGAUUGGUCGUGAUGUUCGAGACGAGAUGUCAUGGCGGAAAGAAACGCCUGUGGAGGCCAGAGAAUGGGACAUGGCAUCGCUGAGACAGCGCAACUUUGCAAGAGAUACCGACAUGCUUGAUAUAUCGGGUGCGUCGCACAGCACCUAG